AGCUUUGGUCUUCAGAGAAAAAAACAACUUCCAAUUUCUUCCACUUCACAGUUCAUAGUUCACAGUGAGUCUUGUACUUUGGCGCACAAAAUUGAGGUAAUUAGGGUUUUGAAAUUCCCAUCAAUGGCGAUGGACAACGAGAAAAUCGAAACCCCCAUCAAGGCGUCGAAAUCAGUUGAGAAUUCUCCGUUGAGUUUGAGUCCGAGAGGGCGCAUUGUCUCUGUUGCCUCAAACAUCGCUUCACAGCCUCUUCACAACUCUGAUCCUCACGUUUGGGGCGUCCUCACUGCUAUCUCCAACAAUGCCCGCAAAAGACAGCAGGGAAUUAAUAUUCUACUAACUGCGGAUGAGCAUUGCAUUGGACGAUUGGUAGAGGAUGUGCGAUUCCAGAUUGAUUCAAAUUCUGUUAGUGCAAAUCAUUGCCGAAUAUACAGGAUGAGGGUUACUACCGAAAAUAUGGAGAAUACCACAUCAAUAUUCUUGAAAGAUACAAGCACAAAUGGAACUUACCUUAACUGGGAGAAGUUGAAAAAGAAUGGUGCUGCUGUGAAAGUCUGCCAUGGUGAUAUCAUAUCAUUUUCUGCUCCUCCACAACAUGAACUUGCAUUCGCCUUUGUAUAUCGAGAGGUGCUUGUGUCCACCCCCUUGCCAGAUAAUGCAGCUGCUAAACGAAAGGCAGAGGAUUUUAUUUCUGAAAACAAGAGAUUGAAAGGUUUAGGCAUUGGUGCUCCUGAGGGUCCCGUAUCUCUAGAUGAUUUUCGAAGUCUUCAAAGAUCAAACAUGGAACUGAGAAAGCAAUUGGAGAGUCAGGUGGUUACAAUCGAUACUUUGCGUAGUGACAACCGUGCAGCUGUUGAGCGUCAUGAAAUUGAAUUAAAAUCAGUCAAAGAGUCGGUUGCAAAAUGUUAUCUUGAGCAAUUGAAAGAAUUACAGGAAACAGUGGAUCUCAAGCAGAAGGAAUUAGGAGAUCUCAACAGAGUAUCUGCUGAACAAAAACAUGCCCUAGAAGACCUUAAUGAAAGGCUUAGUGCUUCUAUGCAGUCUUGUGCUGAAGCAAAUGCAAUAAUAAGUAGUCAAAAGGUAAAUAUAGCUGAACUCAAGGAACAAAUAGAUGAAGAACGAACCCAACGAAAGGAAGAGCGUGAAAAGGCUGCAGCUGAUCUAAAAGCUGCUGUUCAUAGAGCCCAAUCUGAGGCUCAGGAGGAAGUAAAACGACUCUCAGAUGCUGCCUUAAGAAGAGAAAGAGAGCUACAAGAAGCAAUAAAUAAGUUACAGGAGUCUGAGAGGGAAAUGUGUUUGCUGGUUGAAACUUUGAGGUCCAAGCUGGAAGGUACCCGGCAAAAAUUGGUUGUCUCUGAUAAUAAGGUUCGCCAAUUAGAAACCCAAGUACAUGAAGAGAAACUGGCAUCUGAAAAUGGAAUGAAGAAAAUAGAAGAGCUUGAACAGGAAACAAGAAGAUUAAAGAAAGAGCUUGAGAGUGAAAAGGCAGCUCGAGAAGAAGCUUGGGCUAAAGUUUCUGUUCUUGAGCUUGAGAUAAAUGCUGCAAUGCGAGAUCUUGAUUUUGAGAGGCAGAGAUUAAAGGGUGCCAGGGAAAGACUUAUGCUUCGGGAAACACAGCUUCGAGCAUUUUAUUCCACUACUGAAGAGAUACAAAUACUGUUUGCUAAGCAACAGGAACAAUUGAAGGCUAUGCAGAGAACUCUUGAAGAUGAAGAGAACUAUGAGAAUACUUCUGUAGAAAUGGAUGGAGUCAUAGGUGGACCCUCGGGCAGAGAAAAAGAAGUUGAUGGAUACCAUAGCCAGAAUGCUGGCAAGGCAGGGUUAACUACUUCUGCACAGAAACUCAACAGAGAUCACAUUGAAACAUCGAGCAAUGAAGCAAGUGUUACUGAGAAGCAUGACUGUGAUAUAAGAAGUGAAGAAUGCCAAAAUACGCAAGAGGCAGAAUUCACCAGUGCUGAUCAUGACCAUGGUGUUAGAGGCGGCUUUGGUUCUGAUAUUGAUGGUGUUGGCACAGCAGCUUUGAUGGAGGGAGAUGCUGCUGUAGGCACUGAACGAGUUCUCGAAACUGAAAGUCCUACAAAUUAUGGUGAACAGAAUAUUGAUUUGAACAAGUGUCAAGACGGGGAUACUAUGCAGUUUGAUGAGGAUGAUAACAAUGUACAAGAAACCGAGGAGCAUACUCAAAUACCUUCUCAUGAGGUUUUACGUCAUUCACAAUCAAAUAAUCCUGUAGAAACUCAAAAGACCAUAGAGGAUACAGAAGCUGUGGGCGCAAUCAGAACAGCUGACCUUUUAACUUCUGAAGUCGCUGGUAGUUGGGCUUGCAGUACAGCCCCUUCUGUGGAUGGAGAAAAUGAAUCUCCAAGAAGCAGAGACAAUAUUGAAGGUUCUGGGGAUAUUCUAGUGGCUGGGAGUCAGAGCACUCCUGAUGCUGCCAUUGCCAGACAUAAUGAACGACGAGCACUAAGCGAGAUGAUUGGCAUUGUUGCUCCUGAUUUGAGGGAGCAAUUUGGAGGAUCUGCGUAUGAUUGUAAUCAAGAGAGAGUCCAUGGUGGUUCAUCUGACUCAGAUACUGAGAGUUGUAGCAAUAGUAGCAAUGAUAAUAGAGCCAAUGCAAAGGGUGGAUCAAUAUCGGAUGAAGAAACUCAGGUUAGUGACCAUGUUGAAGAGGAAAAGCUGGAUGAUGCCAUGGAUGAAGAUGAUGAAGCCACUCAGGAAGAUUGAUUUUCUUGGAUAGUUGGAGAUUACACAAAGAUAUUUGGGUAUGUAAGUUGUAGAUGCUGAAGGAAUCUCCUGUAUUUUUUGGAUUACUCAUGCUUUCCUUACCCUUUGUAAUUAUUUAUAUUUAAGGCAUUUUAUUGUAUUUUAUGUAUUAUUCAUUUGGGUUUUCCUUCCAUCUUGCUUCAUUAAAUGCAUAUAAUGUGAGAAUAAGGUGUAAGCUUGCAGGUGAAUAACAGGCUUACACCUUGGAUAACGAGCAAAAGAUCCAAGUCCAUCUAGGAAAGUACACCUGAAUGUUUUUUUAAUCUUCAACUUCCAAGCAUGUUAAUGCAUUAAUUUGU